UUGUCAGCGGCGGAGCCGGAUGCAGGCGGCGCGGCGGCCGCGGGGAUGGGCGGAGCCCCGGCCGCUGGUGCUGGUGGCUGGCGCCGCUGCCGGAGCCCGAGCCCGAGCGGCCGCCUGCGCCGUGGUGCGACGCUGCUGGCCCGGGCGGCGGGAUGCUAAGCAAGGGGGUGGGCGGCGGCGGCGGCGGCACGAGGGCGCCCAAGCCGUCCUUCGUGUCCUACGUGCGUCCCGAGGAAAUUCACACAAAUGAAAAGGAAGUGGCCGAGAAGGAAGUGACCCUCCACUUGUUGCCAGGUGAGCUUCCGCUCUGCGAGGCCAGCACGGUGCUCAAGUACGUGCAGGAGGACACCGGCCAGCGUGGCAUCUACGGGAGACUCGUCUGUACCAACUUCAAGAUUGCCUUCCUGGGCGACGACGAGCCUGGCCUGGAGAGCGACGAAACCCAGUUUAAGAAUAAGGUUGUUGGAGAAAAUGACAUCACCCUCCACUGCGUGGACCAGAUUUACGGGGUGUUCGAUGAGAAGAAGAAAGCCCUUUCUGAACAGCUGAAGAAAUACCCUGAGAAGCUCAUCAUCCACUGCAAAGACCUCCGCGUCUUCCACUUUUGUCUGAGGUACACAAAAGAAGAGGAAGUCAAAAGGAUUGUGCGUGGCAUAAUCCAUCACACCCAAACUUCUAUACUGCUUAAACGGUUGUUUCUGUUCUCCUAUGCAGCCGCAGCCCCGAACAGGCCAGCCGCCGAUCCCGAGACCCACACCGUGAUGUUUGACUCGCUCGAGGACUGGUGCUGGGAACUGGAGCGCACUAAAGGCCACCUGAAGUACAAAGCCGUGAGUGUGAACGAAGGUGCCAAGGUCUGCGAGAGGUUGCCGGCCCACUUUGUGGUCCCCACCGCCCUCUCCGAAGACGAGAUGCCGCGCUUUCAGGGCCACGGCUUACCAAUCUGGUGCUGGUCCUGCCACAAUGGAUGUGCCCUCUUGAAGAUGUCAGCGUUGCCCAAAGAACAGGACGAUGGCCUGCUGCAGAUCCAGAAGAGCUUCUUGGACGGGAUCUACAGGACCAUCCACAGGCCACCCUACGAAGUCGUGAGAACGGAAGAUCUCUCGAGCAGCUUCCUGUCCCUGCAGGAGAUCCAGGUGGCGUACUCCAAGUUCAAGCAGCUCUUCCUGAUCGACAACAGCAGUGAAUUUUGGGACACGGAUAUAAAGUGGUUUUCUCUCUUGGAGAGCAGCAGCUGGCUCGACAUCGUCAGACGUUGCCUGAAAAAAGCCAUCGAGAUUGUAGCGUGUCUCGAAGCCCAGAACAUGAACGUUCUUCUUGUAGAGGAGAAUGCUUCCGACCUCUGCUGCCUCCUGUCCUCGCUGGUGCAAGUGAUGAUGGACCCCCACUGCAGGACCAUGGGGGGCUUCCAGAGCCUCAUCCAGAAGGAGUGGGUCAUGGGCGGGCACUGUUUCCUGGACCGCUGCAACCACCUGCGCCAGAGUGACAAGGUGGAGGUGCCUGUGUUCCUGCUCUUCCUGGACUGCGUGUGGCAGCUGGUGAGCCAGCACCCGCCCGCCUUCGAGUUCACGGAGACGUACCUGACGGUGCUCUCCGACAGCCUCUACCUCCCCAUCUUCAGCACCUUCUUCUUCAAUUCGCCGCAUCAGAAAGACGCGAACCUGGGCAGGGAAAGCCCAGAGGCCCCGGGCAGGCCCCCAGCCCAGCUCUCCGUGUGGGACUGGUCCGUGCAGUUUGAGCCCAAAGCCCAGCUGUUACUCAAAAACCCUCUGUACACCGAGAAGCCGAAGCCAGACAAGGGCCCGCGGAGGGGGUCGCGCUGCAAGCACCAGCGACAGCUGUCCCUGCCGCUCACCCAGCCCAAGGCCUCUCCCAAGAGGGGCUUCUUCCGGGAGGAGACGGAUCACCUCAUCAAGAACCUCCUGGGCAAGAGGAUCAGCAAGCUCAUCAACGCCUCGGACGAGCUGCCGGACGCGUGGCGCGAGUUCUACGAGGCCUGGCACAGCCGCCCGGCCGACCCCCACCAGGGCCUGCUGCUGCCGCGCGUGGGCGGCCCCGAGGUGCGCGUGUGGGCGCAGCGCUACCUGCGCUGGAUCCCCGAGGCGCAGGUGGUGGGCGGCGGGCGCGCGGCCACCACGCGCAAACUGCUGGAGGUGGCCGAGGAGCUGCAGAGCCUGCAGGAGAAGGUGGCCGCGCGGCCGCCCAGCCCCGCCCCGGCGCUCGCCCCCGGCCCCUGCCUGCUGCGGAACUCGGCCCGCCUCUCCUCCCUCUUCCCCUUCGCGCUGCCGCAGCCGCGCCACCCCUGCAAGCCCGUGCUGCCCACCAGCGGCUGGAAGGCCCUGGGCGACGAGGACGACCUGGCCAGGCGGGAGGACGAGUUCGUGGACCUGGGGGACGUGUGACGGGCAC